AUGGAACAAAUUAAAGAUCAUCUUCAGUGCACCAUCCAGGCUUUACAAGAUGAGCUCAGGAUCCAGCGCGAUCUCAACCAGCUCUUCCAGUCCGAUUACUCCGAGUCCGGCCACCUCAACCAGUCCAUUCCUCCUCAAGAAAUGACAGAGGAGAACUUCCUGCGUCUCCACGGCGAGUACGAGCGGCAGGUCAAGGAGCUUUUCCUCCUGAGGAAGACUGUAGAAGAAAUGGAGCUGAGGAUAGACACACAGAAACACACACUAACUGCCAGGGAUGAGUCAAUAAAGAAGUUACUGGAAAUGCUACAGAGUAAAGGCCUGUCCGCACGGGCCACCGAGGAGGACCACGAACGUACGAGGCGACUGGCCGACGCUGAGAUGACCAUCCACCAGCUGGAGGGUCUGCUGGAGCAGAGAGACAAAGAGAUGCUACAACUCAGAGAGGAGCUGCACAGGAGAUACGAAGCAGCUCCAGAAUCAACUAAGACCAAGGCCCUGCAGACGGUCAUCGAGAUGAAGGAUGCGAAAAUCAGCUCGAUGGAGCGCGGCAUGAGGGAGCUGGAGGAGGAGGUGAUCAUGCUCAAGUCCAACGGAGCUCUGAGCAGCGAGGAGAGGGAGGAGGAGAUCAAACAGAUGGAGGUCUACAGAUCCCACUCCAAGUUCAUGAAGAACAAGGUUGAGCAGCUGAAGGAAGAGCUAACUCACAGCCAGUCAGAGAAGGAGGAGCUAAAGCAACGAGUCAGUGAGCUUCAGCAGGAGGUGUCUGCAAUUGAACAGGCCAAGCAGGAGCUGAGUCGUAAGGACAGCGAGCUGUUGGGUCUCAGGACCAAACUGGACACUCUGAACAACCAGUUUUCUGACAGUAAACAACACGUGGAUGUGCUCAAGGAGUCCCUCACUGCCAAGGAGCAGAGAGCUGCCAUACUGCAGACCGAGGUGGAUGCUUUGCGUCUCCGUCUGGAAGAAAAGGAAUCUCUUUUGUCUAAAAAGAGUCAGCAAAUAUCAGAGCUGACGGAGGAGAAAAGUACUCAGCAGGGAGAGAUCACUGACCUUAAAGACAUGCUGGACGUUAAGGAACGCAAAGUCAACGUCCUGCAGAAGAAGAUAGAGAACCUCCAGGAUCAGCUGCGGGAUAAAGAGAAACAGCUGAGCGGCCUGAAAGACAGAGUCAAGUCUUUGCAGACGGACACUUCCAACACAGACACUGCACUGGGAACACUGGAGGAGGCUUUGGCCGAGAAGGAGCGAAUCAUCGACCGGUUGAAGGACCAGCGUGAAAGGGAGGAGAAAGAAAAGGGGGACGAGAUGGAGUCCAGCAAAAAGGAGCUGAAAGAGCUGAGGGAGAAAGUCUCCCUGCUGCAGGCUGACCUGGCUGACCGCGAGACGUCAGUGUUGGAUCUGAAGGAGAAGGCUUCUUCUUUAGCCUCCUCGACUCUGAAGAAGGACAACAGGCUGAAAAGUCUGGAAAUCAGCCUCGAGCAGAAGAGAGAGGAGUGCAUCAAACUGGAGAAUCAACUGAAGAAGGCUCAGAGUGCAGCGGCCGAGUCCCUGGCCAGCACUGAACUCUCUGAACGCAUCUCCUGCCUGGAGCAGGAAGUGACCCAGCACAAGGAGGAUGCUGGAAAAGCCCAAUCUGAGGUGGAACGACUUCUGGAAAUCCUCAGGGAGAUGGAGAACGAAAAGAACGACAAGGAGAAAAAGAUCCACGAACUGGAGAGACAGAUGAAGGACCAGUCGAAGAAAGUGGCCAACCUGAAGCACAAGGAGCAGCUGGAAAAGAGCAGGAACGCCCAGCUGAUGGAGGAGGCCAAGAAGAGAGAGGACAAUCUGAACGAAAGCUCCCAGCAGAUAAAGGACUCCCUCCGUCAGAAGGAGGAUCGCAUUGAGGAGCUGGAGGAGGCGCUGAGGGAGAGCGUUCAGAUCACAGCAGAGAGGGAGGUGGUCCUCGCCCAGGAGGAGCAGGCGCGAACACAAUCCGAGAAACAG